UCAGUAAGUUAGUACAUUUUAUAUAGUACACAUUGACAUCGUAAAUAAAUCAAAAGGUCACACAAAAAAAAAAUAGAUUUUGUAUAAAAAAAAACCGUAAAAAAGUAUAUUGAUCGUUAAAAGAUACAAUGGCCGACACAUUUGACGAAGAGAUUCCACAAGUAAUUUAUACAGAAAAUGUGGCCUUUGAUGAUAGUGACGAUAGUACAUCCGAAGCAGAGACACGGCCAACGGACGAACCUGCAACUGAAAAUCGAUCCGUUGAUUUAAAGCGAAAAGCAAACGAUGAGGAUGCAUCUGAAGAGCCAACGACAACUUUUUGUGAAGUUGAUAAUCAUACAAACGUUGUGGCCACACAUUAUAACCAAUUAGAAGAAAGAGGUCGAGCCGAACGAUCAAAGUCCCGUAUAUUUCAUAUGCGAAAUUUUAAUAAUUGGAUCAAAAGUGUUUUGAUCAAUGAAUUUUUGUCAAAAGUUAAAGAAUUUGUUAAGCUUGGCGAACCAUUGCGUUCGCUUGAUAUGUGCUGUGGAAAGGGUGGUGACCUAUUAAAAUGGGAAAAUUCAGGUAUAACGCACUUAAUCUGUACUGACAUCGCCGAAGUGAGUGUUCAACAGUGCGAAGAACGAUACAAAACGAUGAUUGAACGAAAUCAAAGAAAUCGAUACCCGAAAAAAUUAUUUACAGCCGAAUUUUUUGCAUCCGAUUCAACAUUGCAGCGAUUACGCGAAAAAUAUAAAGAUCCAUCGAUUCGAUUGCAAUUGGUUAGUUGCCAAUUUGCAUUUCAUUAUUGUUUCGAAUCGCUUACACAAGCCGAAUGCAUGAUAAGAAAUGCAGCUGAAUGUCUGCAACCCGGAGGAUAUUUUAUUGGAACCAUUCCCGAUGCAAAUGACAUUAUGAAACGACAACGUGAGGCCAAUAGUGAUGAAUUUGGGAACGAUAUUUUUCGCAUUAGUUUUCUUUGCGAUACAGAGACCCCACCACUAUUUGGAGCCAAAUAUAAUUUUGAAUUGGAUGGAGUCGUAAAUUGUCCAGAGUUUUUGGUACAUUUUCCAUUAUUGGUUAAGUUGGCGACGAAAUUCGGACUCAAAUUAGUUCUGAAGGAACGUUUUGAGGACUUUUUUGAAAGACAUAAAAAUACAUCCAAGGGUCUAUUGGAGAAAAUUAACGCAUUAGAGACGUAUCCUCCGUUUAAUCAAAGAGAAGCAGCUGAUUUGAGUGUAUCACCAGAAUACGCUCAUGUGAAAGGCUAUUCAAAGGGUCGAACAUGUGGCACUCUGUCAAAAAGCGAAUGGGAAGUUAGUUCGCUAUAUUUAGUAUUUGCCUUCCAGAAGAUGAAGGAAGCAUAGAUCAAGGCCACCAUCAGCAACAUUCAAUACAUAGGUUAAAUGUGAAUCAAUUUUGUUUUUCAUAUUUUGACAUCGAAAUAAAUUUUACUCUCAUUUUCACAUUAAA